CGAGAAGUACUCCUGCUGUAGGAGGAGACUCAGGACAGACGGAGGAAGGACAGCAGACCAGGCAGUCACAGCCGCCCUGACAAGAGCGUUCCUAGAACUCAGGAUCUUCUCCACAGAAGAGGACAGAGCAGACAGCAGAGACCAUGGGGUCUCCCUCAGCCCCUCUUCACAGACGGUGCAUCCCCUGGCAGAAGCUCCUGCUCACAGCCUCACUUCUAACCUUCUGGAACCCGCCCACCACUGCCCAGCUCACUAUUGAAUCCAGGCCGUUCAAUGUUGCAGAGGGGAAGGAGGUUCUUCUACUUGCCCACAAUUUGCCCCAUAAUCUUUUUGGCUACAUCUGGUACAAGGGAGAAAGAGUGGAUGCCAGCCGUCGAAUUGGAUCAUAUGUAAUAGGAAUUCAACAAAUUACCCUAGGGCCCGCACACAGCGGUCGAGAGACAAUAUACUUCAAUGCAUCCCUGCUGAUCCAGAACGUCACCCAGAAUGACACAGGAUCCAUCACCCUACAAGCCAUAAAGGAAGAUCUUGUGAAUGAAGAAGCAACUGGCCGCUUCCGGGUAUACCUGGAGCUGCCCAAGCCCUACAUCACCAGCAACAACUCCAACCCCAUAGAGGACAAGGAUGCUGUGACCUUAACCUGUGAACCUGUGACUGAGAACACAACCUACCUGUGGUGGGUAAACAAUCAGAGCCUCUCGGUCAGUCCCAGGCUGCAGCUCUCCAAUGGCAACAGGAUCCUCACUCUACUCAGUGUCACACGGAAUGACACAGGACCCUAUGAAUGUGGAAUCCAGAACUCAGAGAGUGCAAAACGCAGUGACCCAGUCACCCUGAAUGUCACCUAUGGCCCGGACACCCCCAUCAUAUCCCCCCCAGACUUGUCUUACCGUUCGGGAGCAAACCUCAACCUCUCCUGCCACUCGGACUCUAACCCAUCCCCGCAGUAUUCUUGGCUUAUCAAUGGGACACUGCGGCAACACACACAAGUUCUCUUUAUCUCCAAAAUCACAUCAAACAAUAACGGGGCCUAUGCCUGUUUUGUCUCUAACUUGGCUACUGGUCGCAAUAACUCCAUAGUCAAGAACAUCUCAGUCUCCUCUGGCGAUUCAGCACCUGGAAGUUCUGGUCUCUCAGCUAGGGCUACUGUCAGCAUCAUAAUGGGAAUACUGGUUGGGGUUGCUCUGAUGUAGCAGCCCUGGUGUAGUUUCUGCAAUUAAGAAAGACUGACAGUUGUUUUGAUUCUUCCUUAAAGCAUUUGCAACAGCUACAGUCUAAAAUUGCCUCUUUACCAAGGAUAUUUAUAGAAAAGACUCUGACCAGAGAUCGAGACCAUCCUAGCCAAUAUGGUGAAACCCCACCUCUACGGAAUUAGCUGGGCGUGGUGGCGCGCUCCU